UUCCCAUCCUGCACAUGUGUGGUAAUGGCAGCAAAGGCAUUGUGAAACUGCAAUCCCGGCAAACUGGGAGACACAGAAAAUCUUCUGGCCAGGGGCGGACUGACAACUCAUGGGGCCCCCGGGCAAUAGGAGAUCAUGGGGCCCCUGUGUCCUUGCCCAAACUCAAAAAAGCCUAUGAAAAAGGUACCAGGGGCAUCUCAUGGGGCCCCCUACUGACCCCGGGCCCUCGGGCAGUGCCCGAGUUUCCAAAUGGUCAGUCCGCCCAUGCUUCUGGCAAUGGCAUGUAUUGAUGUGCAAUCCUGGAGGAGUUGGACUGC